GGCCCCUCUCCCCGCCUCGAGCAAGUCCCGCAGCCAUGGCCUCCCGACCGACGAGGGAAGCUCUCGAGUCUAUGUCGAGACAGGACCUCCAGAAAUUAUGCAAGAAUCUCGGCCUCAAAGCUAACCUGAAGUCGGAUGCACUUAUUGAUCUAAUACUGAGGGACUCAGAGCCGCCUGCGGACCCCGGGGGGCCCCGGUCUCGUUCAACUUCCGUAGCAGUGGCUAGGCAGCGCGGUAGCCGAUCUCGGGAGCAUUCUACUGCGUCUAUGAUUGUACACUCCGAGGCCGAGGACGAUCCCGUCUCUCCUGCAGAGGAUACCGCCAGUACACCUGAGCCUCGUACAGGCCCCGUACGUCCCAGUAGGACUCGCAAAGCAAAAGAGACUCAAUUACGCCUCGGUGUCGGGAGGCCGAUUGCAGCGGGUGGAAGCGGUGCCCGGGCUGUGACCAGAGCCUCUAAUGCUUCUAAGUCGAGGCGAGGGAAGACCAGGAGCUACCAGACUACCGAGAUGCCCAUACCGGAAGAACCGGAGCCCCAAGCAUCGGAGGCUCCUCCAUUACCUGUCGAGCCUUCCCCUCCGGAUCCCGGACCUUCGACUGCCAAUCAGAGAAAUGAUGCGCAAACAGUCGCUGCGGUUCUGCCACCGGCUGCACCCGUUGCUUCGAGUUCUGCUGUCCCCUACGAAGGCAUAGAUGCAUACGUUGCGAACCUUAUCAAACCACUGGAACAAAGAGUUCAAAGUCAAGCUUCCGAACUGGAGCGUCUGACUGUUCAGGUGGCUGGGACAGAAGAAUUGAUGCGGAAGGUCGAAUCCAUGACAGCUGAGCUCGAAGCGUUACGUCUGAAGGUCGACAGCACGGACAAGCGUGUGACGUCGAUACAGGAGCAUAUGAACUCUGCCGAUGCAGCCUACAGCCAUCUGCCUUCUACGCCGCGGUUUAGCACACCCAAUCUGACCCCAGGUAUUCCAAGAGUUAUAUCACCUGCUGCUAGCGAGGAAGAUGAUUCGGAGAAUGCACCUACCGCACUGGGGAAGCGCCACCGGGGUGCUACGUGCUCUGACACCCAUGGUAUGCUUCAAGACAAUCGGGGUAGUCCUCCAGAUGAAGAUCUAGCUGGCUCUUCCCUCCCGGAGAACAAGCGAGUGAGAGUGAGUGGACCAGAGCCCUCGGCAGAUCCAAGCUCUGUCCCAGCAGACGAGGGGCAUCAAACAGCGGCCACAUCUUCGCAUCCAGCAGGAAAAUCCGAGACACAGAUUGGGGCUCUAUCCCAGCCGUUUCAAAUGCAGGAUGCGGAGGGGUCGCAGCCAGGUCCUUCCCAACGACUGACAACCACGUCGGCAGGCGCGUCUGAAAAUCAACCCCAACAACCGGAGGGCUACGACUUCAGCUUCAAUUCUGCCGCCUUCGAUCCCAUCACUUCCACGCCAUAUGUAGCGCGUUUCCCCCAUCCAGAACUUCCACAGUCUCCGACACCGGUGCUUCCGCCGAGUGGUAGCAGCUAUGGACCUGUCGAUCGUAGUGCCAGGCGAGAACGUAACGCACUCUAUCAUCCUCUUGGAACGCCUGGCCGGCCCCGCACACGACCAAUAGGUGACUCUUCACUCGGCUCUGGAGCUUUCAUCAAUCCAGCUGCCCUAAUGAGGCCUCCAUCGACGGGCGGGAGGAAGAUAUCUAGUAACGACAUCGGCGCUAGUCUGGGCAUGACUGGCCCCCCUGUGCCGGAUACACCUGCGCCGCCGGUCAGACGGACGAUGUACGGGACAGAGCUCGACGGUGAUACUCGGUUUGGUGAUUUCGGGGUCGAAGGGGUCGCCACUGGUUUCUGGAAUCCGGCCAAAUACAAUCCUACCUUGGACGACUAUGAUUAG